GUUGACAGUUUGAAAAUUGAAUUAACAGAAAAUACAUAGAAGCAGAAAUUCGUCAGAAAAAUAGUGAAUGAAUUGAUGUGCUCUCUUCAUUUAUCUUACAAAAUUUGGUAUUGUUAUAAAUAUAAUAUAAGGUGAAUCUUUUUUUUCAGUAAUUGAAAUAUAUAGUAUUCAUUUUAUUAACAAAGUGUUAAUUCUAACAUAACCUAAAUGUGUUAACAGCAAAUGAUUAUUUGAUAUGUUAUAAUUUAAAAUCCUUAUUAUAAUGUUAUUAUCAUAAAUGUUUAAUGUAUUAAAAUAAGAUUGAUAUGGAUGAUGACUCUAAAGAAUAUAGAAGAAAUAAACCACAGCAAAAGUUUUAUAAACCAGGUAGUGGUCCAUUAAGACGAUCAAGUUAUGGUUUGGAUGGAAAAAUGGAUACAAAUGACUUAGAUGGAGGUUCUAAAAGCCGAAACGAAAACUACUAUGGAUCUCAAAAUUCUAUUGCUGACGAUUUAAGUGACACUUACAAAGGGAUGAGUAUGCGCCAAAAGAAGCCUGAACAACAGCUUUACGUGCCUAGAUCAGGAGAUUCUAGUUCUGAUAAUGGUAGACAAUCUAAAGCACCCAUGAGGUGUGAUAAUUCUAGUCAGUAUGUCAAUAGAAGAAUGUCUGAUAAUCCAGACAGACAGGGUUCAGGGUCUUAUACUAGAGGUGCCUCAAAAAGAGAUAAAUCUUACCAAUCAGCAGAUUACCAUCAUAAAGAUGGUACAAACAAUGAUAUUAAUUAUAAUAGACAAUAUAGGCAAGCAUCAGAAACCAGAUCCAUUUCACCUGCACAUAUACAGGAUCAAUCUUCUAUAGAUAGAAAUAGAGAUAGUAGAAGUAUGGAAACAUCAGCAGGAAGACAUGUGUCAUCUUCUGGUGGCAAGCCACCUUCAGGUCGGCGCAACUCUUCUGGUUAUACAUCUGAUUCCUCAAGACCCAAAUACAUGGUAAAUUUAGAUAAUAUACCUCCAAGAUUUAGAAAAAAGUUUUUAGAGCAAUCAGGCCAUCACAGUUUUGAUAGUUCUGAUCAAACUCGCAGAGACAAAUAUUCUUCGAACCAUUCUGUCCAGCCUACAUACAACCAGGACACCUAUUACAACAUUUCAAACUGGUCUCAAACAUUACCAUCCAGAGGUAGAGGUAGAUUAAGAGAUAAUGAAGGAUUUGACAGAGAAAAAUUUAUAAGUACAUACCUGAAACACUAUGAAGUUCAAAAUUCUAGAAAAUCUACUCCUAGCAGUUCAUAUUUGAAUUUGUAUGAUACAAAUUCAUCAGAAAACAAACAUGUAAAUGAAAAAAAUAAUACCGGACCAAGCAGUACCGAGAGUCAGGAGUUUCAUGAUGCAUCCCAGAAUGGUACAAGCAGUAUGGCCAACACUAUUUCAAGCAGUCAGUUGGAGCAACAGAAACAAGAAACAGACAAUGAACAUGACAGUGAGACUACAUCACAGAUCUCUGCAACCUUACUGGACAUCUCUAAUUUGGAUUGGACGGAGGAAGUAGAGAGAAAUAUAAAACUAGAUGAUAUGUGCGAUUCAUCUACAAGCUUUUCACAACCAUUGAAAUCAUCAGUGCAGGAUGAUAUAAAGCCUGCUGAACCUCGUGAGUCAAAGCGGUCCGGAAGACCUCGACGUAAAGACCGGAGAAGUUCGAGUAGAGGUCUUCGAAAUUCGGAAAAGAAAUCUGAACGAAACAGAAAAGAUAGUACAGCAAGCGUUCAGUAUGAACCUGCAGAGAGACCUAGAAAGGACAGCAAUGUUAGUAUACAGCACGAAAUUAUACACUCGGGACUGAAGCAGAGGGAGCGGGAGAGGCGAGACAGUCACAGGAGUAAUCGAUCUUCUACCAUCGGAAACAGCAGAGAUGAUUUAGAUCGUUGGAGGUCAUUGCGUUCUUAUAGUAGAGAACAGAGCACUGAAGGGAGAAUAGUUUCGCAAUGUAACAGCAGAGACACGUCAACGAAUCGUGCAACUAGUCCGAGAGAUACAGAUGGUUUUCGAAUCCCAUCGUCCAUGUCCAAAUCUGCUGCAUGGUUAUCAACAAAUCAGAAGAAAAACAACGGGUCAUGGGCGAACGGUCGCACGUCGAGUGUAGAACGCGGGCGAGUGUCCCCCGCGCCCAGCCACGCCAGCCUCAGCACCGCGCCCGCCGAGGGCGGCUCGGCCCGGCGUACGCGCAAGCGGGCCGGCCGCCGCACUACUGAGAAUAGAGAGCGUCGCCGUGGCCGAAACGCCGAAGCGCAACAAGUGCAACAAACGCAGCCUUCACAAAAUCAGCACCAGCAACAUUCUCAGCAUCAGCAACACGCGCAAGGCUCGCAGCAGGCGGCGGCGGCGCCCGCGGCCUCGCACUCGCACGCGCCGGCCUCCGGACUCCUCAACUGGAGAGAAGAAAUUCUCGAGUCCAAGAAGUUCAACACUCACGAUAAACAUAACGAGAAUUCUAGCUCGCGCAACAAGCCGGCUUCAGAUUCGUGUGGGCAACAGCCUGGGCUAAUUAUGUUGCCACAGUCUUCGAUAACACACAUGCAGAAAGAUUCGGGACGAGGAGGUUCAGUGGAAACUCAGAAAACCUUAUUUGAUCAUCAUAAUCCAUCCAAACCAAUAAUUGUACAAACUAGUCCAAGUAAAAUAGACAUUAGAAUGGAAAGAGAAGUACAUUCGGCAGGCAUGAAGGAGAGUUCGUCGCGCGGGAACGUUGGGUACGAGGCUAAUGACGCGGCUCGCGCGGCCCGACACCGCUCGCUGCUGCAGGAGGUGGAUCGCGCUGACGUCAUAUUACAGACCCACAUAUUGCGCGGCCCCCUCGGCCUCGCGGAACACUGGCCCGAUGUUACUGACACUAGGGCUUUUUUACAAAACGCACUACAGAGGCUCCUCAUGUCAGAUCUAAAGUACUGUCAAGCUGAUAAUAUUGAGCAUCAUUUUUGGAAAAUUUUGUACUACAACUUCAUAGAACCUUUAAGAAAAAGUUUUUCUCAGAUGACGCCAGAAGAUAAACCGAAAAUAGUGAAAUUGAUAAAUGUUAUUAUUGAAGAGGGAAAUGCAUUUUUUGAGAAUCUAGUGCAAAUGUUGGAGAAGACUUAUAAGUUUAAUGUUGACGAUUAUAUAAAUGAUAAUCAUGUGUUGCCUCCAAAAGGUCUAGGAUAUGUGGGGUUGGCUUUAAUAUCAGUACAGAAGAUAUAUGUCUUUUUGGGAGAUUUAGCAAGAUAUAAGGAACAAGUGAACGAGACAAAUAAUUAUGCUAAGAGUAAAUUUUGGUACACUAAAGCUCAACAAAUCAAUCCAAAAAAUGGCAGACCCUACAACCAGCUUGCUAUACUAGCGAUAUAUGCGAGAAGAAAAUUAGAUGCAGUCUACUAUUACAUGAGAAGUUUAAUGUCGUCCAAUCCAUUUCAUUCAGCACGAGAAAGUUUACUAUCACUAUUCGACGAAAACAGAAAAAAGUACGAGGCAGCGGAACGUAAGCGUCGGGCUGCUCUAGAAAGUUCCAAGACUGAGGGCACUACCACUACAGAGAACACGGCAGGCAUGAAGAGAGAAGUGUGGGUGCGGCCGAGCGGACACAGGACUACCACCUUCCGGCCCGCUUCCAGGGACGAACAACUGGCUUCCAUGACGUCCGUCGAGUUGAAUAAAAAUUUCAUUACAAGUUAUCUACAUGUUCAUGGGAAGCUCAUCACUAAAAUAGGAAUGGAGACGUUUUACGAGAGUGCCAGUUUGAUGUUGCGGCAGUUUCGCGCGCUUCUGCAUCGCCAGCCACUGCCUACCCCUGCCGCAAGGCUCUUACAACUCACUGCGCUUAACAUGUUCGCCGUUGAAACGACUGCCGCCUCAUUGAAAGAGGGCAACAGUGGAGAACGUUCGGCGUGGCUGGAGUGCGCGCUGGGCGUGUCCCUGCUGAUGUUCGGCGCGAUGCUGGAGCGCUGCUGCGCGCUGCUGCCUGAGGCGCCGCAGUCGCAGCAUCACACCGACGCACUGCUCUUACUGCCUGCCAUCAAGGUGUGGUCUGACUGGAUGUUAUGCCAUAGUAGCGUAUGGAAUCCACCACCAUCGUUCGACAGUUUCGAUAUUGGAGCUGAUAACGACCCGUGGGAUUGGCUUGCAAAGCUUAUGAACAUAUUGGAAGCUCUUGAUGACAAGUCAAUAGAAUUCGAAAACGAAAUGAAAGAAGGCUACGUUUGCGUCCGCUUGCCGGAGGACGCGUCUCUGGGCGGGUUCACGCCGCUCAUGUACAUGGAGCCGGCAGUCGCGUGGGUACGGCCGGAGCAACUUGGCCAGCACCAUGCUGCCGAACACGCGCUUAGAGUUAGCAAGCUGCUGUUUUUCGGCACUGAGUACUUGGUUGGCGUGGAACCACCGGUGCUGCGACUGGAGUACCCAGCGGACGCGGCGCCGCGCUACGUCAGCGCCGUACAACGAGUACAGCCGCUACUUACCCCGCUGCAGCAAUUGUCUGAAAAUUCUGAGGAUGAAAGCACCGAAAGCGGCGUUGCUAGCGAGGCUCAGAGCCACAGCGAAGGAGUCGAGGCCGAGGGCACAGACGAAGCGACGCGCAAGCUAUUGCGACGCAAGGAACAGCUCGAGAACAGGAAGGCCACGCUUGACAAACAUCGUCAACGUAUGCAGGAAAUAUUACGUGGCGGCUUCGUGGCCGCAGAGGUUGAGGUUCGUCCUCGUCUACUGGUGCCCGACACCAACUGCUUCAUCGAUCAUCUAGAACUGCUCCAAGCUAUCGUGGCAGAACCCUCGCAACCUUAUACACUUGCCGUGCCUGUAGUGGUGAUGACGGAGCUGGAGGGUCUGCGUCUGAGCGCGCGGGUGGGCGGCGCGGCGCGCGCGGCGCUGGCGUGGGUGGGCGGCGCGGGCGCGCUGCGGCUCGCCACGUCGCGCGGCACGCUGCUGGCGUCGCGCGCCUGCACGCAGGAGGCGGCCGGGCCCAGCGCCGCCACCAACGACGACCGCGUGCUCGCCACCGCGCUCGGCCUGCACCGGCACCAGUCCAACGUCGCGCUCGACAACGAUACACGCGGGGACGAUGGCAGAGAGGCGCCGAAAGUAGUUCGCCGAGUGCGCGAAGUGGUGUUGCUCACCGACGACAGGAACUUGCGCGUGAAGGCGCUGGCUGCGGAGCUUCCCACUCGCGACCUGCCUUCCUUCGUCAAGUGGGCUGGAAUCAGCCGCGAUCAUGCCACGAGCACCCCGGCGCCGGCCAGCGAGGACGCGGGCGCGGGCCGCAACUGACGCGCUUGCCGCCAGCACAAGCGACAACACUUAGCUCAUAUUCUGAUUUACUUUAUGAUUAACUUGAAAGCGAGGAGACUUAAUGUUGCAAAGAUAAUAGUGCUUAAUAAAGAUAAUAGCAGUCUGUCCCAGGUGCAUGCGUGCUGUAUGGAUCUGAGGUACGUGAUUGCGCCUCAUUAUAGUAUAGGAAUUGAAUAGAUUAAGUAAAAUUAAAUACACCAAUAGAUGGUUAAAAUAUAAAUAGAUUUUGUUAAGGGCUUUAGGAUUCCACCUCCGUGUUCCUGGGCUACAUUUACUUUGUUAUUUUUUUACGUAUUUUCCGUUUUAUUUGUAAGGUAUUAGAUAAAUCGGAAAUUCAGUGUUGCUGAGCUAUUUUUAUUUACUUUUUUUGUAAUAUAGCAACUAUAUUUUUUAUUAUUUUCUAGUUAGGUGAUAGAAACAAACUGUAUUGUAUUAUCUAUCUCAAACAUCAAGUACAGGACACCUAGUAUGUAAUAUGGUUUGUAUACAAUGUUAUCAACUGAUCCAAUUAUGAUAAUUAAUGAAUCGACUGCACGUUUGCAUAUUUUGAUUUUUAGAAAUUAUGAUUUUAAUUGAAUUUAAGUACAUACAUUAUUUACAUACCUUUAAUAUGUUUUUGCAUGAUUUCAUUGAGAUGUCACGUGCCAUUCAUUGCUCUUACUUACUAAGCGGCUCAAGGUGCGUUGCCUUUGCCUACUAUACAAAACCACAACAGCCAAUAUUGAUGUAUGAAAAGUAUUUUGAAUAAAUGCUGGAUUAGCUAACAAAUUUACUUACGGAUUCACAUUUUUAUAUUACAAGUGAGCAACCGCAUCAUGAUAAUUUUAUAAUAAAAUGUAGUACAAAAUGUUUGACAUUACAAGGACACUUGGUGUUUUUACUCAGGUUUGUAUAGAACUAGCAUAGAUAACACAGACGCAAAUAUUUCAUCACUUUUAUAAUCAGCAUCGAAAUGUCUAUCUUUUAAUGCAAUUAUACACUCGAAUAGUUUCAAUAAUUUUACUAUAUAGAUAAGUUUUAUAUUCCGAAUAGAGGUUUUCAUGCUUUACCUGCCUACAUGUUCACCGGUGCGUUAUUGCAGAAUCAUCAGAUGUAGGAGUCUGUUUAUUGAUUUGUUUACUUUAUUGAAAAAAAUAUUUAAAAAAAAUACAUUGUGGCUUUGGUGCACAUUUGUAACCAAUUGAUCGGCACCCUCACAUUUAAAACUGAUUAUUAUUUCACAUGUAGAUAAAAUUAUUAUGUAUAAACAGAUUUAUAAUGAUAAACUAUAAUAUGGUUAACAACUAUUGUAACAAAGUUUUUCAUUUUUGAAAUAUUUGAUGCUGUUACUUUUGUCUUGAUCAUGACGUUUUAAUUAAACAUUGAAUUACUUCAA